CGUAAGCCACUCCCUGCCAACGCGGUGACGUAGGAAGGCGUGUCUAACAAAGGACAGUGGGGACUCCACAAUGGGAGACAGUUUUCUUGAGCAGCUGAUAGAGGACAGUGCCUUCCUCAGAGCAGACCGGAGACUUGACACGGAGCUGGUGGACAAACUCAUCCUGCAGCUCAACAGAAUCUACCCACAGAUCCUCACAGACAAGGAGGCAACUAAAUUUCGAAACUUGGAUGUGCCAACAAGUGUACGACUGGGUGAGCUCCUGACACACCUGCAGGGGAGAGGAGAGGAAGCAUGCCGGGAGUUCUACAGAGCUCUUCACUUGCAUGUGGAAGAGGUGUACUACAGUUUGCCAACACGACUCCGCCUCAGAGAUACCUUAGAUCCACUCACACAUCCUCAAAUGUACCAUCAGAAAUAUGUUCUGAAUGACAGGGAGCCCUCCUUCUUUCUGGGCUGUUUUGGCAUUGCAGUAGGAAUGGCUUUACUCUAUUACUACAGCGAGGCUAAACUGACGGGAGGAAGUCGUGCCCUCGGGAUGGCUGCUUUGGGUUUAAAGAAAACGGCUCAGGAGGUUCUUAUAUGGUACUCUGAGGAAAGCCUCAUGAAGUGAAUGUUACUUCAGUUACUGUGCUUUAGCAGCAUUGCUCCUUUGAAUGCUACCUGCACCAAAGCAUAGCACAAUAUAUCUUUGUAGAUGUCGAGUGCUUUUUUUGUACUCAGGUUUAUAUAUUAUUUAACUUGUAAGAAGAGAAAGAUGGGGAAAUCUGGGCCUCAUUUGGCCCUUAUUUCCCCAUAUAUUGAUACCUUUUGAAGUAGUUAAAAAAAGAUUGAAUACAUGCAAGGGAUGAGUACAGUGAAAUCAAAAACAAGCUGACUCAAGAAGUCUUUCUCUCACAAAUCUUCAAAUUAGGCAUAAGUGGGUUUUAUCAACCAAACAGAAUAAGAAAAAGAGUAUAUAUAUACAGCUAACAUGUGUUAUCAUGACAAAAUGAUAAACGAUAGUUGAUCUUUGUUUUUCUCGCUUGCACUUUGGUUUUGAGACUCAGGCCAGAUUCCUCUUUUUUUGUCUUUUUUUACUUCUUGUUUUGGUUUUAAAGUGCUCCGUGUAUUUUUUGAGCCAUAUACAUUUUUAUUGUGGAAAAGUCCAUCUUCACACAGUUACAAAAGAAUGUCAAAAGAAUUGAAAUACAAGUCAAUGAAUGUACCCCCAGACUGCAGUCAUCUGGGACUGUGUAUAAGGCAUAGACUAUAUAAAAUAGGUAUAAGGCCAGAUCUCGGUAGGACAUUACUGCCCUCUGGUGGUUAAAGGUGAACGAUAUUAUCAGACAUGACCACAUGACUCGUGUUUGUCCCAUAAGUGCCUCCUAAAGUUUUGUUCUACACUAAUUUAGUACCAGAAAGGGAGUGUGUCCUGUAGACGUAUGUUUAUCUAGUUGAAUGUAAUAAAUUCGGUCCGUAUUGUCAUUAUUAAGAUAAAAUAGCUGUGGGACUGCGUGGCCAUGUGACUGCGUGGACCAAUGAUAUCCCGCUUACUUGGCGCAAGGCAUGAUGGGUACAGUGACUCCCAAACUAAAAUGCACAAAUGUCGAAUACAGAGGUCGUAAUAAUCAGACUAAGACUAAAAAAAGAUUUCAAUUUGAAUUGUUAACGGGAUACUUAAGAUUCGACUUUAAAAAAUUGAGAAACCAUGGGUGUUCAAAGUUGCACCGUGAGUGAGAAUGUGUUGAAUACUUGGUUGUAUAUAAAGCGACGAGCCUCUUUGUAAUGACGUGUUGUAUGAAAGGAGAGAAGGUUAGCACUCCCCUUGACAAGGAUGGAAUUGGCCCUCGUGGCCUUCAACACAUAUACGGUUAAGGCAUUGCCACCUACUUCGUGGCAUCUCUAACCAUGAUUUUUUAAUAUGUGAAAAUACAGAGUAUCUGUAUAAGAGUGCCUUUCUAUCUCACAGCUAACCAUAGCCUUUUCUCAAAUACACUUCUCAUCCUCGCCAGUACUCUGAGACAAAAGGCAAGCCUGAAUUUUUUUCCUGUGUCUGUGUUUCCGCUGGGUUGGGCAGGGUGGAACAUUUAAUAUUUCCUGUUUGCCUGUAGCAUUUAGUCCCCUUGUUAAAAUGCAGAGGACGAUUGAAAAAUGUGCAAGUCAACAGUAUUUAUCUCAGUGGCUGACAGUUUGAGAGUUUAACUCCAGCUGUUGAAGUUGUAUUCAUAACUAAGGAUAUUAGUUUUCUUUUUUCUGCCUUUUUGUUAACUGAUGAGCUACAUUUACAUUAUCUGAAGACAAGUGAUAUAACUGCAUGAUUUAAUGGUAUUUCUCAGGCUGUUUGUACAUCCAUAACAAAAUAUGACAUAGAGAAGGGCUCUGAUUAUGACAAACAUGUAAUGAUGGUGCUUUGUUAAACUGUGUUUCUUAAUGGUUUGGUAGUUGUACUUCAUGAAAUUAGAAGCCAAUAACUUGUUAUUUCUUGUACUCAACAACUUUUGAUAUAACAUGACAUUUUGGCAAUGAAUGUUGAUUGUCCAUUAAUGUCCCCUCAUUGAGGUCUAGUGCCUAACAGUUUGUCACAUACUCUACCAACUAUGUCAUGUGUUAACGCCUUUAACAUUCAAGUGCCAUCAUUUCUGUGAUGUAGACUUCUGUCUGUGUUGAAUAAAAAACAAGGCAUGAUGGAAUUAAACAAUAUAAUAACCACA